AUGUCCACUAGAGAAGGUGUAAAGAUAGUCAUAAUAAACACAGAAUAUAUACAAACAGAUGCAAGCAGCUUCAAAUCUGUUGUUCAAAAACUAACUGGCAAGAAUUCUUCUACUUCUCCGGCGCCGAUGACAUCGCGUGGACGGAAUAUCUCCGGCCACCGGAGAUCGGAUGGUCAUGAUGACAAGUUGUUGUUGAAGGAUUUGCCACCUCUAGAUGAACUUCUUGGCCUUUAUACAGAUGAAGUAGUACGUUAUAUGCAGUGA